GCCGCCAGUGUUUGUUCAGAUAUAAGCUGCAAAGUGUCGAUGACCGGGUGUUUCAGACACGUCAGUGAUGGAUGCCGUCAGUAGAUGUGCUGACCUGUGACCCGCAUCCAGCAGAAAGCAGGAAGUAGCCUGUUCCUGGAGGCUUGUUCCCUCCUUCCCUUCAUUGUAAAGCAGCUUUUAUCAGUUUAGGAGAGCGACAUGGACAGGAGGAGCGUCCACUACCAGGUAAUGCCUGCUGUUGGAGCCGAUGAAAAGGACAAUAUGAAGCUGAUUCGUUUCCAACGGAGCAACAGCCAGACUCCCCCGACCCAGCAGGACGUCCAAAGGAGUAACAGACAGUCCUGCUUGACUCAGGUAAUCAAUGGACAGUCAUUCCUCACUCAGACGCCCGUCCUGAGGACCAGCGGACUGUCUGACCUGACCCUGACGCCUGUUCAGUUACUCAAUACACAGUUCUUCCCGACUCAGAUCCCUGUCCAGUCUUUUCCCAUCCAGACACCUGGCCAGAUAAUUAAUGGACAGUCCGCCCCGAUGCAGAUGCCUUUCCAGAAGACCGAUGAACGGUCCUACCUGACUGCAGCUCCUCAGAAAGUUCUUACAGUGUUUAAGCCCCUGCUUCAGAGCGCCUCUCCACCAUUUGUUUCUCCGCUGAAUGUGUUGGCUGGUCAAAUGGACUCCUUAAAAACCAAAAACCCUCAGCAGCAGACCGGGGCCAGGAUUCCCCAGACCGGAUACCAGUCAGUAGAAGGCUUCAGUGAGAUUUCAGCAUCAGAGACAUCUCAAGCACUUUGUAAGUCAGAAGUCCCAAAUUUCCCUACUGAAGCACAUGUCCCGAGUGUCUCCGUGUCCGAGCAUCAGCCAGUUGUCAAGGAUCAGACCUUUUCUCCAACUGCAAGCGUCUCUACCAAAUGUAGCUCCCCUAUUGUCAUCUACAUGUCACCAGACAGGACGGAGAGCCCAGAGGUGACCCAAGUGGAGAUUGGGUCACCUCUGGAUGGGUCACCUGUGGGCCACAGAGCCAUUGGCUCUGCGGCUGAGAGGGUCAGAGAACUGGCAGCGAUGGUAGACACUUGUGAUUCGCUGUGCAAGAGUGCAGGAUCAGAACCAUUCACCUGUGAUGCACCUUUAAAAAAAGGACCAACCCCCAAGUUAAAACUGAUUCCAAAGGUAUCGGGGAGACCUUACAGUCCAACACGGUGGGUCAUAGAGGAGAUGGGUAGCUGUGUAGCCAUAAAAUCGCCUACUUCUGAAUCUGCCCACUUCUCCAAGAAGCAAGAAAUUCCCAAUGAAACCCUGCCGGAAAAUCCAAAUUCUUGGAUGCUGUAUGAUGGAAGGAUGUUUUAUGGAACCAAAGUAGGCCGCUUGCCUUCUGUGACCCCCAUUGCCACACAGUCACUUCCUCCAUCUUCAUUUUCGUCUUUACAACAGCCAGUCAGAUCAGCGGGACCACUAACAAACGAAGUGAUUGAUCUUUGUGACGACAACUGCUCUCUGUCCUCUAACAUGUCCUCCGUUUACUGCGAAGAGGAAGACCAUGUGAUCUUUGUGUCUUAUGUUCCACCCAAGCCCAGGUCUGGCUCUGGCCUGAAGGAUGGGUUGGGCAGUGGAAGCUCCAGCAGCAGGAGUAAUGCUACGGGAGGAAGAGACACAGGUUGGGUCCAGAGCCCCCCCAUCAGCUUCGAUGGUUCCGGUCCCACAGAGCUGGUCAGAGUUGAGAGUGUAAACCCAAAGUGUCUGAUGGGAAUCACUGAGCAGUGUCCAGAUAAUCUGGAGAUGGACACUGAGGCGGGAAGCUCAGGGAGUCCCAGCAAGGAUGAACAUCCUGCCACAGUACAGCACAUCUCUGAACUUCCUGGUCCUGUGGGCACAUCUUCAUCAGCACCAGAACCUUGUCAAAAGUCCGACCACCAGCUCAGGAACAUGUUUGGGAUUACAGCUGAUGUGAAAAUUUACCUUCAAAAGAUUGAUGAAAUCCCACGUCGGUGUGUCUCAGCAAGCGUGGUACAAACAAAGUCCGGAGGUCCAGUGGACGGAAGUGACCUGUCGAGAGAUGUUGUAAAAGCCAAAGAGGUUUCUCUGCGGGACUUUCCCAGUCCAGAUAAACUGGACGUUAACGUCCGGACUGAAGGGGAGCACUCACCGCCUCCUCACUCCAGAACUCUGAGAAAUCCGUGUGUCUCAAAGGAAAACUGCUGCUCCUUUUCACCUCAAGCCAAGUCUGUGUUCAACUACAUUGAACCCAUUGACGAGGACUUCACCGACGAAAACGACCUUCCCCAGUUACAGGACUCGCCUGAGGACCUUCAGACACAGACAGAUGUGGAAGUCAACGCGAACACUAGGAGAAUGGGGCGGACAAGGAAACGCACCAUGUGUCUGUGCUGUGUCCCCCCUACUUUUCUUCCCGUUAUCAAAUCCGGCACCAGUUUGGAAGGGUUGGAGAUGUGGAUGUCAGCGACAGAGCCGGCAAGUAAACGAGUAGGGCGAACGAAGGCUGCGAGGAAAACCUCCUCGAGGAUCAGCCACCCCAACUGUGGGGUACACAAGCCUCCUGCCGGCAGUGACCUCUCCGCUGUCCCCGAGGGGUUAAAAAGACACGAACAGAUCAGGAGACCCAAUGAACAUCAGGCAAAAAAGCAACACAAAUAACCCAAAGCAGUGCUGGGACACUACAACACUACAACACUAGACAGGAGCUUCAUGUUUCACCUAACGGAUGAAAUAGUUAGUCAUGUAACAUUUUUGCUCCGUUUCUAAACACUCUUCUGAAAUAUGCAACAUGUUUUUAUAAAUUUGGUUGUAUCUGAGCACGACUCUACAAAUAGCUGCACUAAUUGGUUUCUAUUAAGGCAAUGUUAGUAUUUUAAUGUUAAUAUAGGGUUAGAGUUUGAGUUUAUUGUUGGUUUCUCAUUGCCUCUUAAUUUUUAGUCUAUUUAAAAAAGGAGUCAUGCAACACUUACUAACCUCAGAGAUGUAGUGUGACAUACAAGACUCCUAAAUCACAGACCUAAACACUCCUUUUCUAAGGUAAUGUGGAAGUUUUUGGGUUUUUAAGGUUGCACAUUACUGAGAAAAUGGCAUGAAUUUGUACUGAUGCAUAAUGCAUUAAUAUUUUAACAGUUGGUUCUGGUCCUAUGGAUUAAAGCUCCACCCAAAGUGCUUUCUGAUGUGGUUAUGUGUGCCAGAAAAGUUUCUGCUGUAUCUAAUUUGCCAGUAAAAUAAGAAGUCUACCUCUGUUGUAACAUCAGAUUGCCCAUCCAGUCUGUCUGCACUGGAUCUGCAAAGUUAGCUGCCUUUGUACUAACUUUUUUCUAACAACUAUUAAAGUGCAAAUGUUCUCAUUCUAAUUUACAUUAAUGCUUAAAGGAAAGCACACACUUUGUAAAUUCAUUGUUUUAAUGUUCUUACGGUGGUGCGAGUCUAUUUCAUUUAAUUGGUAAAGAGAAAGCCAAAGUGAAAAAGUUAGUGUGAAAUACUAAAUACCAAAACUUUACAUGUACAAAGUAUUCAUCUUUCAUUUAGCCCACAUUUCUACAUUAAGAUGUUUUCAUUGGACUAAGUUCCUCUGAGGACAGCCUAAAUAUUCCUAAGCCAAUGUACAUUCAUAUUAAAGUAAUUUGAUUUAUUUUCCCCCCAGAAACUCAAUUACUAAGUGAAACACAUUUUAAUUCCAUAAAGCCUUCAUUUAUGUUGAUUGUGAUUGUGUCCUGCUAAUGAAAAAAUAGUUAAGAUUAUAAACAAUUUAAUACAUAAAUGUAGGCUUAAAGAAAAGUAUGUUUCAUACCCACCUCCACUUUAUUUUCAGAAGGUGCUUUUAAUCUGAAAUUCUAAUCCAGAGGUUCCCAACUUUUCUAAUCCUCUGAAUCAUUUUGCCCUCAGUCCACCAACACAAAUCAUCUUGUGAAUACAAAACAGCUGUUUUUUUAUUUAUUUAAAUAAAUUUUUAUUAAUUAAUUAAUUUA